AUGAAACGAGACUCCGUGACUGGCUUUUCCUACCUCGAAUCCAUCGGAGCGCUGACCCCGCAAGUCAAAGUUCGGGCGAUGCAAACAGCAGGUUCUGCUGGUGCAAUGAAAAUCUUGUUGCACCUGUCCAAAGAUCCUCGCACUGCACGCGAUUUGCCCAGGCAAGCAGACAUGCUAGAGCGUUCGCCAUCGAAAAUGUUGUGGACUCUGAUGCGGGAUGACCCUAUCUUGCGUGAGAAGGUUGCGUCAUGGAACCGCCGUACAGUACUUUCCAUCUUGAUUAACACCUUCCGCGCUGAUGCAUCCCUUGCUGUGGAGAUCGCAGAGUGGUUUCUGAAGGAAAAGCCCGGAUUUCUAGGCCACGGGUAUUUGGCUGGAGAACUCUUCGAGUGGGGACGGUGCAGAGGGCGCAUGGAACCCAUCAAUAUUUGCGUGAAAGCUGGGAUGACCUCAGCGACGUUCAACAAGUAUACUGCAAGAGUUUUUCAGCGUGGCUUGGGUUCUAGGGAUAGCAAGAGCGAGGAUCAUUCCCAGGAUGUGCCUAUAGCUCUGCUUUUGUUGCGACAUGCUUGCGACCGAGCCGCGGAGAAUCCGAAACUGAAAUGGCCUUGGUUGGAUGACGCGACGAAUUUUAUUCA